AUGAGUGUUCGCGUUGUUGCCCGUGUGAGACCUCUGUGGAAGUCGGAGCGUGAGCUGGAUGUGAUUGUCCGCCCUGGUUCGCUGUCAACAGAUGCUGUCAAGCUAAGGAAGGGUGCAUCUCCCGGCAAGGCCUGCGUCAAAGACCGGGAUACGCUCGUCAGGAUUCCCAAUCCCAAAAAUGAGAGCGAACAAUACACCUUCCAAUUCAACGCUGUCUACGGAGGCGAAACCACACAACAGGAGCUCUUCGAAGCAGAAGUCGCACCUACGGUGAAGCAUCUCUUUAAUGGGUUCGAUGUCACUAUAUUCGCAUACGGCGUCACUGGAACCGGAAAGACACAUACUAUGCGAGGCGGCAAAAGUCUUCAAGAUCGUGGUGUUAUUCCCAGACUUCUCAGCGGCAUCUAUCGACGCAGUCGGAAGAUCGAGAAGGAUUCGGAAGGGGCGAGCAAGGUUGAGGUGCUGAUGAGCUACUAUGAGAUUUACAACGACAAAGUUUACGAUCUCUUUGAGCCUCCGGAAAAGAGGACCAUGGCCGGCCUACCUCUGAGAGAUAAUAAUGGAAAGACCGUAGUCGUUGGCUUGACGGAACGGCCGUGUCUCAGCCUGAGAGACUUUGAAACUCUUUAUGAUCAGGCGAAUACCAACCGAUCGACGUCCGCGACGAAGCUUAACGCACAUUCUUCACGGUCACAUGCUAUUCUUUGCGUCAAAAUUGUCAUCACUAGUGGUGGAAAAACACGAGUCAGCAUGGCAUCUGCUAUUGAUUUGGCAGGAUCAGAAGAUAACCGACGGACUGAGAACGGCAAGGAGCGCAUGGUAGAGUCAGCGAGCAUCAAUAAGAGUCUUUUUGUACUGGCACAGUGCGUAGAAGCCAUCAGCAAGAAGCAAUCCCGUAUACCGUACCGGGAAUCAAAGAUGACUCGCAUCUUGUCCCUAGGCCAGAAUAAUGGCCUGACGCUCAUGAUACUCAAUCUAGCUCCCGUGCGAUCUUAUCACCUAGACACAAUCAGCUCCUUAAACUUCGCCAAUCGAACGAAAAAAAUUGAAGUGCGCGAAGUUGAGAAUGAACCGAUAUUUAAGGGACCGCCAAGAUCGACAACGCGGGCUUUGGCCUCUGCAUCAGCUCUGCGUCAGCCAUUGCGCCCUUUAACUUCGUCUGUCAAUGUGAAUAUUCCGAUAGCUGAUACUUCAAAGGGAGAUGAAAAGAAACCAGCCAAGGCAUUUUCCGUCUAUUCUGACAGACAAUUUAUCAAACCUCAUACGACUUCCCUCAAGCGAGAAGGGCCUAGGCGGUCUUCUCCUUUGAAACAGAACACACCUAGUCUGGACCGCCAAGUUCACAAAAGGCCAAACAAAGAACCAGAAAGGUCAACAGAAGGCUGCCUUAAGGGAGUUUCACCGGAUAAGAUUGAAGAAAUGGUUGAAAAGAAGGUAGAACAGCUGCUAGCAGCGAGGGCACUCGGGGAUUCCUUUCAACAUCAAGCCCAACUAGACCAGAUCAACGAGCAAGUGCAACGUCGCCUAGAGAGCCUGGAGCGAAGAAUUGAAGGGACUGAGGAUGCCCGUGCAGAAGGACUGUCCUAUCUUUUGAUGGCAAAACAACAUCAUGGGAGGAAAGAAUUCUCCUCUGCGUUGCGGAUGUACAAGCUUGCUUUGCCUUUCUUCCCACGGAACCAGAAACUUGCAAUCAAGAUAGCCAAUCUUGAAGACAAGCUGAAGCCCAAGCCUAACCCGGAACCCGAAAUGACUGUAACGUUGCCUGGAAGGGGUAGCAUGCUCUCCAUCGGCAGGCCAGCGAAAAUAGCCCGAACACAUCGUCUAGGGGAUACGAGUGAUGAUGAAUAUAGAGAUUCUGAGAAUGAUGGAUUUGAUAGUGAUGACAAUGACGAACACUAUGUCAAAUCUGUUACUGGGCUCAAGCGAAAGCGAGCCAUUCCAAGCGCACCUGCAAGCUCGUCGGGGCUCAUUGACAAUGAGAGCAGAAGUUUGACCGGCAGUCUCGAUGACGGUGAAUUGCAGAUUCAGUCCCCGCGUACAAGGCAUCUGCUGUCCGUCAUCAACUCAAGGGAUGUGGGCCAGAUCAAGCUGCUCAAGGGCGUUGGGGCAAAGAAAGCCGAGGCCAUCGUUGAUUGUCUAUGCGAGAUGGAUAUUUCAAACGAAUCAAGUGUCGACCAUGUCCGAGUACAAAGUCUUGCUGAGCUAGGGCGUCUGAAGGGCGUUGGUUUGAAGACCGUACAAAACAUGAGAAGUGGAGUUUUGGUUUGA